UAAGAAUAAAAAAAAAAAAAAAAAAAAAAAAAAAAGAUCGAAAGAAGAAAUGGGGGAGUUUUCUUUUCUGCAGGUGUGUGUGGCCAUAAAUAUAAUUGGGUUAGCCGCUAUUAGCCAGGCAUCUUUUGGAGAGUCGGCCUGUGAUUCUGGCUGCAUUGAAGGGUUUCUUGCUGCACAUAACAAAGCACGAGAAGCUGUUGGUAGUCCACCUCUUAAGUGGAACACCACCUUAGCAGAAUAUGCGGAAUCCUAUGCCACCAAGAGGGCUGCCGACUGUUUGCUGGAGCACUCAGGAGGGCCGUACGGCGAAAACAUCGCGAUGGCCGGUUCUGAAUUGUCUGCGGAGGCUUCUGUGAAGUUGUGGAUGGAUGAGAAGCCAUACUAUAACCACAAUACCAAUGCUUGCGUCAGCCAAGAGUGCCUCCAUUAUACGCAAGUGGUUUGGGGCAACACCACCACUAUUGGUUGUGCUAGGGCUACAUGCAAGACUGGUUGGAUGUUCGUCACUUGCAACUAUUACCCUCCCGGUAACUAUGCCGGCCAAAAACCUUAUUAAACCUACACCUACAAUUUACUUACUUUUUUUAUUUUGUGAAAUGCACACAAUGCAUGCAUUAUAAAAAAAUAAUAAAUUAGAAUAUCAUAUCUGAUGUAUAUAUUAUUAUGAAA